UAACAUCCCUAGCAAACCAUAAAUGCCAACAAAUUUGAAAGAAUUUACUUCUUCAGUGGUCCAAUGUGAAUCACCGAUCUAAGGAGGAUCAAAAGAAAAAAUAAAUUAGUGUUAUUCAGUGCUGACGCUUAAUUCAAAUGUUUGGAUAAUAUCAGAAUCGAUAUUCAUCAAGACUGUUAAAAAUGCAGGGUAGCAGAAUAAGGAAAGCGGAAAACGAAGAUCCUGGGACAAGUUCUGAUGUUAGGGAUUUGAGGAUCAGAAAUUCUGGAAACAAAGAUCCUGGGACAAGUUUCGAUGUUCGGUAUUUGAGAAGCAGAAAUUCUGGAAACAAAGAUCCUGGGACAAGUUUCGAUGUUCGGUAUUUGAGAAGCAGAAAUUCUGGAAACAAAGAUUCUGGGACAAGGUAUGAUGUUCGGAAUUGGAGGGGCCGGAAUUCUGGAAACAAAGAUUCAGGGACAAGGUUUGAUGUUCGGAAUUUUAAAAGCCGGAAUUCUGAAAACAAAGAUUCUGGGACAAGGUCUGAUGUUCGAAAUUGGAGAGGCAGGAAUUCUGGAAACAAAGAUUCUGGGACAAGGUCUGAUGUUCAAAAUUGGAGAGGCAGGAGUUCUGGGAACAAAGCCUCUGGGACUUGUCCCAACUGGUCUCUGGGACUUGUCCCAACUUGUUCCAACGGUCGUGGUUGGAGAUCGACAGUCCGUAAUUCCCAAGAGAAUUCGAAAAACAAAGACUCUGGGACGAGUUCCAUUAGGUCCGCAUCUGAAUCUAGGGGAGGAAGAAGAUUUCAUAGACCCAGAUACCCUAGAAGGAUUAGACGACCAACAAAUUUUUCUUCCGAAUAUCUCGAGUCCCUAUUAGAAAAACCAUUGGAGGAAGUAAUACAACAACUUUCUCAAAAUAAAGAUUUUUUCGUAUAUAUAGGACAGGAGCUCUCUUCAGAUGAUAUUGUGCUGAUGGUGAAGCACUUGGCCAGGUUUUGCGAUUGCAAGUUUCCAAAUCUCAGGAUCAACAUCUUGCAAACAAGUUUAACUUCGGGAUUCGUGGAUAAUUUACAGUUGUUCAUUUCCGACAUAGCAUUUCAAUCGAUAGAAGACGAAGAUUCUAACGUUUAUUAUUGGGAUGAUCCAGAUUCUUUCUGGCGGAAUUUUUCGAAAUUUUGCACAGUGUCUAUGACGGAAAGUCCGCAUUUCUUCAUAGAUAACUUACUGAAACUCGUCAAGAUUUCGGUAUUGAAUAUAGAAGAGAUAAAGAAACAACACAAUCUACACAUCGAAACGAAAGAUUUGCAGGCUCUAAUUGAUGGAGCUGAGAAAAUCAAAGCAAAUUUCCAAACUGAGGAAUCCUCUAAACCCAAGACUUUGGUGUACUACGAAGAGGAACCCCCUGAGGAUUUUCACGAAAUCAGCAUCUUUCCAACAACUUACGAAUUGGUGAAGACCAAAAAACCGUUUGUUCGAAAAAACGUCGUUGUCGGUCCUUACAGAGACGUCAAUCACUACUUGGAUGUCCAGUUUAGAUUGUUGAGAGAAGAUUUCGUCGGGCCGCUAAGACACGGUAUACAAGAUUUAUUGUCUGGGAAAGAGCGACGGGACAUACAGGACAUCAAAAUACACCCCCAGGUCCAAUUUCUCAACCCCGUAACCGUCACUGGGGAUUACUGCGUCCUACUCAAAUUUCACUUCGGCGGACAACUGACUAACUUCAAAUUCGAAGAUUCCAAAAAAUUCAUGUUCGGAUCUCUGGUGUGUUUCACGAAUGACAAUUUCAAGACGAUCUUAUUCGGUAGGAUUGCGGACCGCAAAAAGGAAUAUUUGGAAAAGGGAGAGCUCGUUAUAGGUUUCAGUAAACCGGAAGUGUUGAUUUAUAACAGCGACUAUGUGAUGGUCGAAUGCGGUAUCUAUUUCGAGCCUUACUACCACGUUUUGAACGUUCUGAAGGGAAUCGUAGAGGAGGAAUUUCCCAUGAAAAAUUAUAUAGUAGACGUUGAUAAUACCGUGAUUAUGCCAAAGUUCGGCGAUCCUAGGGUUCCUGACGAGGAGAUGAAUGAACUUUAUCAGGAAGAUGAUUGGGACGAAGGACCAAAUCCAACUGUUAGUGAAUUGAAUGAAUCCCAAAACGACGCAUACGAUGCCGCUCUAACAAGGCAAUUAUCGAUCAUUCAAGGACCUCCUGGAACCGGGAAAACUUUCGUCGGCUUGAAAAUAGUUGAAACGUUACUCAAAAAUUCACGCGCCUGGCAUAAAGAUUCCCCAAUCUUGGUGAUUUGUUUCACUAACCACGCUCUCGAUCAAUUUUUGGAAUCCAUAAUCGAACAUACCGAUGAAAUAGUGAGGAUCGGAGGACAGUCCAAAAAUGAAAAAUUGAAAGGAUUCCAAUUGAAUGAACUUUCCCGCGAUGCUGACUUUUCUGUGUGGGACGCAAAGGACGAAGUGAAGGAAUGCUUGGAAUUGAUAAAAGGUGUGACUGACAGUCUGAGAUCCAUUGCAAGUCACGAUUGCAUUCUGAAUUUAGGCGUGUUUGCCGGUGUUGUCCCGAAUUUUAGUAGAAGUUGGCUUGCCCGUGCUACAGAAAAGGAAUUCCUUGAUUGGUUAUUAGCAGAAAGCAUUCCUAAUAUCCAGGAUAACCUGGAAGAAGAUGAAUCUUUCCUAUUAAGUCAAUUCCGAAAUAUAAGUAUAGAGGACUCUGGCGGUAAUCAAGAAGAGGAGGAAUAUGCAAGAGAUGAAUUUUAUGAUAUCAUAGCUAACAUGAAAUCAAAUCUAAGAAAGCCGUUGCUUGACUUGGAAGAAUUACGUAACCGAAUUUAUUAUAACUGUGAGGAUAUGAAUAAGUUGCGGUCGCAAAUGGAAAAUGAUGAAAAAAAAAUGUUCGCAUACAUGUAUUUGGAAGCACAAAAUGAGAGAUUGAGAGCUGUCAUCAAUAUCGUCAAGCACAAUAUGGCAAUAGCUUCCAAGCGAAGUGCUGAAAUACCCAAAACCGAUAUUAGGUAUAGCAGAUAUAUCCCCGUCAAUGAAAGAUGGAAUUUAUAUUUUUAUUGGAUCAGCUUGUAUAAAAAAAAGUUACUGAGAAUGUUCGACGAUUACAAUGUUAAAUACAGGAAAGCAUUCAAGGUGUACAACGAACUGAAGGAGAUCAGCGAUAUCGAAAUUCUCAGAGGCGCGAAACUGAUCGGAAUGACAACCACCGGAGCGGCUCGUCUACAUUCCACCCUUCAAGUGCUCAAAUGUCCCAUUGUUAUUGUGGAAGAGGCGGCCGAGAUUCUGGAAGCUCACGUGGUUGCCGCUCUAACCUCCAGUUGCCAACAGCUGAUAUUGAUCGGAGAUCAUCAGCAGUUGCGGCCCAGCACCGGGAACUACGUGAUGGAGAGAUUUUACAAUUUGGGAAUCAGUCUGUUCGAGAGGAUGAUUCGGAACGAUGUUCAAUGUUUCACCUUGAACGUACAGCACCGAAUGAGGCCGGAAAUCUCGGCAUUGAUCAAACCGUCGAUUUAUCCGGAUUUGCAAGAUCACGAGUCGGUGUUGCACAGACCGCCCAUCGAAGGAAUGGAUAAAUGUUUGUAUUUCAUCGACCAUCAACACCCGGAAGAAUCGAGCGCUGGUAAUUCCAAGAAGAACGUCCAUGAAGCUACGUUCUUGGUUCGUUUGGCUGAAUAUUUGAUGCUCAACGGGUAUAGGCCCGGGCAAAUCACUAUAUUAGCAGCGUAUCUGAGUCAAAUGUACGAGAUACAAAGAGAGAAGAGGAAAAUUGACCUUCUUGGAGAUGUCAGAGUAGCUGUACUCGAUAAUUAUCAAGGAGAAGAAAGCGAUAUCAUAUUGCUGUCUCUAGUAAGAAAUAACGAUGAAAACAGGAUCGGUUUCCUUGCCAACGAUAACAGAGUCUGUGUGGCCUUGUCACGUGCUCGAAAUGGAUUUUACAUUAUGGGUAACAUGUCCAUCCUUUGCGAGAAAUCACAGCUAUGGGUGAAAGUUAAAACUACUCUCACGGCUCAAGAAGCUAUUGGGCCUUCCCUUGCUUUGAAAUGUCAGAAUCACGAUAAAAUAACGAUGGUUACCACUGCAGCAGAUUUUUCUUUGGUAUCGGAGGGUGGAUGUGACGUUAUUUGCGAUGCUUCCCUAAUUUGUGGACACAAAUGUAAAAGGCGAUGUCACAAUAACGACAAAGAUCAUGAAAAAUAUUUUUGUACGGAGAAGUGUAACACAUUUCUAUGUGACAUGAAUCCCACACACUUAUGUAUCAAGAGUUGUAGUGAAGAUUGCGGCCCUUGUAACUAUCCUAAAGAUGUAACCUUAGUUUGCGGCCAUCAAGCGGUGAUUCCGUGUCAUUUGGCCCCGGGGGAUUAUAACUGUCUGAUAGAAGUACAAGUAACUCUUCCUUGUGGUCAUGAUGCAACAAAACCUUGUCAUAUGGCGGAUGAUUCAUACGGAUGUACGUUCCCUUGCAAUGCAAGGCUCCAUUGUGGCCAUUCUUGUGUCAAGAAGUGCCAUGUUUUACAGGACCCGGAUCAUCUGACGUAUAGAUGUGCGAGGCCUUGUACUAAGUUUGGAAAAGGAUGCACAAAUUUGAAGGAUGAGGAUCAUAUGUGCCACAAAUUGUGCUUUGAACCAUGCGAUCCUUGCAAGAAAAUCGUCAAAAAAGCUAGAACUGUGUGUCCCCACUUUUUCGAUGUACCUUGCUCGGAAAAUGUAGAUGACAUCGUAUGUCACAAGCCGUGUAAAAAAACAUUCGACUGUGGACACCCGUGUAAGAAAAGAUGUGCAGAAUCAUGUGGUACCUGCAAAAUGAUGGUUGAAAAGGUAAUACCUGGUUGCGACCAUACCAGUCAAGUACCUUGUUCCGAAGAACCAUCUAAAGCAUAUUGCAACCAAAAAUGCCCUAGGCUGAUGGAGUGUGGACAUGUUUGUGGUAGGAUAUGCAGAGACCCUUGCGAUUCGAGUAAAUGCAAGGAAAUUGUAGACGUGUCUAUCCCAGCGAAAUGUGGACACAUCGUGAAAAGGGCCCCCUGCUUUGUUAAAACGGCAUAUAAGACAGAUGCAUCGUCGAUUAAAAACCUGGAAUCCUACUGCUCCGAGCCGUGCACAGCCAUAUUGAAUUGUAGUCCCGAAGUCGAGCAUCCGUGUCGCGGCACUUGCGGAUCCUGUUACCAGGGACGGAUCCACGAGAGUUGCUCCCACAAAUGCGGUCGAACGUUGAUCUGCGACCACAAGUGCCCCGGAUACUGCCGAGAGCCAUGCAAGCCUUGCUCGUCGAAAUGUUCGUUCAGAUGCAGACAUAACGUUUGUAAAAAACGUUGCGGCGACCCAUGCUUCGUAUGCAAGGAGCCGUGUACCAGAAGGUGCAAACACCGGAGAUGCACCAAGAAGUGCGGGGAGCUUUGCGACGUUCCACCUUGCGACGCGCCGUGCGAGAAGUACCUGAAAUGCGGUCACCCUUGCGUCGGCUUCUGCGGCGAGCCGUGUCCGCCCCUGUGUCGCAUUUGCGACGAGGACGGAGUUAAGGAAGUUUUCUUCGGAACUGAAGACGGAGACGAUGCGAGGUUCGUCCUGUUGAGGGAUUGUGGGCAUGUUCUCGAAAAUACCGGCAUGUUAGGAUGGCUCGAGCAAGAACAAGAUGCUAUCGGAUUCAAAGUGUGUCCGAAAUGCAAGACGAAAAUAUUGGUUACCGAAAGAUACAGUGACUAUGUUAAAAAAGCAGUUCGGGGAAUUGCCGCUGCUAAAAUGAAAGGAGUUGGAACAUACGGAAUGGUCAAAGAAAAACAUUCAGAAUUGAUAUUUGAAUAUAAAAAGUUGUUACAUACUCACAAUUUGAUACACUACAGAAAGUUCUGGAUCGAACGUUUGCAACCCUUCCUGGAACGUUUGCAAAUAACUAACAAAAAGGGACAACAGGCUUUGAACCCCCUCAAAUUGAAGGCAAUCGAAAUAAAACAUCAACUAACAAAGCGAGUUUAUGGAAUAUUGGGAUCGUUAGAUUUAAGAUUUGUUGGUAAGACUGACCUGAUUUCACCUUUGCACUCCCAAGCUGAUUUAAUUUUAACUAACUUGUUGAGGGAAGUUGAUAAUAUAACAACUGUUGAAGUCGAAGAUAUUCAGAGGGAAAUCAAUCGUUUAAAUAGGAUGGUUCAAAUAUCACCAUUGUUGAUCAAAAUGAAAUCUCAGGAGGAAAGUUUGAGGACGAGGAUUGUGAGUUUGAACGAUCUCAUCAAUUCUUUAUCCAAGUAUGACGACGAGAAGGAUGAGACUGUCAAGAAAGAAUUAAGUGAUCUCAGGAAGAGACUCUCGUUGUCGGAUAUAACCGAACUUGAAAAAACUCAGCUUGUGGGAAUUAGAGGGUUGAGCAAAGGUAACUGGUUCCAGUGCCCAAAUGGACAUGCCUACGUGGUAGGUGAAGUUGGCAGCGGUAUGCAGGCUAGCCAAUGCAUUGAAUGUGGAAAUAAGCCUUAAUAUAAUCUACAGGGAAAACGCCAUUCUUAAGUUUGGUGGUUUGAAAAAUUUUCGUUUGAAAUAUUUUAUAAAUUGGAAUCAAUGUUAAAAUAGAGUGAAUAUUAUUAUAUAUAUGAUUUUGUGCAAUAAAAUGUGUGUUUUUGAAA